CCCCUCUUCCCUAUUCAGCCCCUCUUCCCUAUCCACCCCCAACACCUCUCUAUUCAGCCCCAACACCUCUCUAUUCAGCCCCAACACCUCUCUAUCCAGCCACUACACCUCUCUAUCAGCCCCAACACCUCCCUAUCCAGCCCCAACACCUCUAUAUCCAGCCCCAACACCUCUCUAUUCAGCCCCACCCACUCCCUAUCCAGCCCCAACACCUCCCUAUCCAGCCCCAACACCUCCCUAUCCAGCCCCAACACCUCCCUAUCCAGCCCCAACACCUCUCUAUUCAGCCCCAACACUUCUCUAUCCAGCCCCAACACCACCCUAUCCAGCCCCCCUUCCCUAUCCAGCCCCAACACCUCUAUAUUCAGCCCCAACACCUCUCUAUCCAGCCCCAACACCACCCUAUCCAGCCCCCUUCCUUAUACAGCCCCAACACCUCUCUAUUCAGCCCCAACACCUCUCUAUCCAGCCCCAACACCACCCUAUCCAGCCCCCCUUCCCUAUCCAGCCCCAACACCUCUCUAUUCAGCCCCAACCCCUCCUUUCCAGCCCCUACAUCUCCCUAUCCAGCACCCCUCCCUAUCCAGCCCCCUUCCCUAUCCAUCCCCAACCCCUCGUAUCCUUUCUCCCUUCCCUAUCCAGCCCCAACACCACCCUAUCCAGCACCCCUUCCCUAUCCAGCACCAACACACCUCUAUUCAGCCCCACACACUCCCUAUCCAGCCCCAACACCACCCUAUCCAGCCCCCCUUACCUAUCCAGCCCCAACCGCUCUCUAUCCAGCCCCAACACCUACCUAUCCAGCCCCAACACCUCUCUAUUCAGCCCCACCCACUCCCUAUCCAGCCCCAACACCUCUUUAUCCAGCCCCAACACCUCCUUAUCCAGCCCCAACCCCUCCCUAUCCAGGCCCCCUUCUCUAUCCAGCACCAGCUCCUCCCUAUCCAUCCCAAAACCCACUCUUUCCAGCCCCAAUCCUUCUCUUUCCAGCCCCAAUCCUUCUCCUUCCAGCCCCAAUCCUUCUCUUUCCAGCCCCAAUCCUGUCCAACCCCCUCUCUAUCCAGCCCCAACUCCUCCUUAUCCAGCCCCAACCUCUCUCUAUCCAGCGCCAACUCCGAUCUAUCCAGCCCCCAACCCCUCUAUCCAGAACCCAAAACCACUCUAUCAAGCCCCCUCACCCUCCCUAUCCAGCCCCAACCCCAACCCCUCCAUAUCCAACCCCUCUCCAUUAAUACCCAACACCUCCCCAUCCAUCCCCAACCCCUCCCUAUCCUGCCCCAACCCCUCCCUAUCCAGCCCCAACCCCUCCAUGUCCAACCCCUCUCCAUUAAUGCCCAACCUCUCCCUGUCCAUCCCCAACCCCUCCGUAGAUCCAGCCCCAACCCCUCCCUAUCCAACCCCUCUCCAUUAAUGCCCAACCCCUCCCCUGUCCACCCCCAACCCCUCCGUAUCCAGCCCCAACCCCUCCCUAUCCAGCCCCAACAUCUCCAUAUCCAACCCCUCUCCAUUAAUGCCCAGCUCCUCCCUAUCCAGCCCCAACCCCUCCAUAUCCAGCCCCAACCCCUCUCUAUCCAACCCCAACCCCUCCCUAUCCAGCCCCAACCCUCCCUAUCCUGCCCCAACCCCUCCAUAUCCAACCCCUCUCAAUUAAUGCCCAACCCCUCCCUAUCCAGCCCCAUCCCCUCCCUGUCCAGCCCCACCCCUCUCUAUCCAACCCCAACCGCUCCCUAUCCAGCCCCAACCCCUCCCUAUCCAGCCCCAACCCUCCAUAUCCAACCCCUCUCCAUUAAUGCCCAACCCCUCCCUAUCCAGCCCCAUCCUCCCUGUCCAGCCCCAACCCCUCUCUAUCCAACCCCAACCCCUCCCUAUCCAGCCUCAUCCCCUCCCUGUCCAGCCCCACCCCCUCCCUAUCCAGCCCUAUCCCCUCCCUGUCCAUCCCCAACCCCUCCCUAUCCAACCCCCAACCCCUCCCUAUCCAGCCCCAUCCACUCCCUGUCCAGCCCCAACCCCUCCCUAUCCAACCCCAAUCCCUCCCUAUCCAGCCCCAUCCCCUCCCUGUCCAGCCGCAACCCCUCCCUAUCCAACCCCAACCCCUCCCUAUCCAGCCCCAUCCCCUCCCUGUCCAUCCCCAACCCCUCCCUGUCCAACCCCUCCCUAUCCAACCCCAACCCCUCCCUAUCCAGCCCCAUCCCCUCCUGUCCAGCCCCAACCCCUCCCUGUCCAGGCCCCAACCCCUCUCUAUCCAACCCCAACCCCCCAUCGCUAUCCAAAGACUCAGCAGUACGCUCGUUGCCUUGA